GGAGACUGGUUCUUCAUCCCAGCUUAAGCGCGGGAGGAGAGAAUCGCCCACAGCUGGAACUGCAGGGUAAGCUGGUCGGCCGUCCUGCCCAGUCGAGGCUCCUCCCUCUCCUAGUGAGUUGUGUGUUGGGUGGGAAGUGUGAGAAUGGGAAUGGGAGGGGGCCGAGGGCGGAGAGCCGUUCUCCCUUGACCCAGAAGGUCUGGAUGGCACCACAGUCGUGUCGGAGUGGGAUCCAGGUUGCAAGGCCACCACCUCCAGGGUCUGGACUCUGGGGACUCCCCCAAGACUUGAACAAAACCUGGCACCCAACCCUCACCACUAACUCAGCCUGGGUGCGGAUCCCGUGCGCUCCGGGAGAGCAGCCUGCUCCUUUACUCCAGCGCUGUUGCGCGCCGCUGGCUGUCGCUCAGCGCCGGGACCGACAGCAGUCCGCGGGCAGCUGCCUCCGGAGUUGUGCAGCCCGCCGAGCCCCGACAGCCUCGAAUUUCAGAUGGGCGGUCGGGGAAGCUCCUGGGAGCUGCCAUCAGUCAGGAGACCGCAGGAAACCUGAGGUACCUCGGUGACCCUCGCCUGUGGAUGUUUAUAUGACAGACGAUUACAAUAGCAAAGAGACUUACAGAGAACAACGGAAACCGGGAGAAAGAGUAAGACAGAGACCAAAAUUGUCAGACAAGUAAAGAGUCAGAGGCAGAGUAAGAGAGACAAAGAGUUGGUGGGUGGGGAAUUGACUUGGAAUUUUUUUUAACCCACUAUGGUUUCUUUCACCUCUGAGGAAAGAGAGGAAAGCUGAUCCCUGGCCAGAAAGGAGCCCCCAACCUGGACGGAAUGAAAGAUGCGGCCUGACGACAUUAACCCGAGGACUGGACUGGUGGUGGCCCUGGUCAGUGUCUUCCUGGUCUUCGGCUUCAUGUUCACCGUCUCUGGGAUGAAAGGAGAGACCCUGGGAAACAUCCCCCUCCUGGCCAUCGGGCCAGCCAUCUGCCUGCCAGGCAUCGCGGCCAUUGCCCUGGCCAGGAAAACCGAGGGGUGCACCAAGUGGCCUGAAAAUGAGCUACUAUGGGCCCGUAAAUUGCCCUGCUUCCGGAAACCCAAGGACAAGGAGGUGGUGGAACUGCUGAGGACCCCUUCGGACCUGGAGUCAGGCAAGGGGAGCUCCGAUGAGCUGGCUAAGAAGGCGGGCCUCCGGGGGAAGCCUCCCCCCGAAGGGCAGGCUGAGGCGCCUAUGGCCAGCUCCAUCACCAUUCCCAGCCCCACCGAAGAAGGAGAAUGCCAGAGCCUGGUCCCCAGCGGGCAUCAGGAGGAGACAUCCAGAUACCUGGACGGCUACUGUCCCUCGGGCAGCUCCCUCGUCUACAGUGCCUUGGAUGCCAAGUGCUCGGCCUGGGACAGGUCCGAGUGCCCCGAGCCUGAGGACAGCAUCUUCUUUGUGCCCCAGGACAGUAUCAUCGUUUGCUCCUACAAGCAGAACAGUCCCUAUGACAGAUACUGUUGUUACAUCAAUCAGAGCCAAGGCAGGUGGGACCACGAGACGAUAGUCUAAGCUUUGCAUACAAGGGUCGCUGUGUUGACAGAAACAUGACUACAUGACAGAAACAUGGAAGGAAACUUCUCCAACAGCCUUCACACUGUUAGAAAGUGACCUGGUAUGUGAUGGGUGUGCAAACCUCCAGUGCCUGAGAGCCAUGUAAAUAGGCAUGUUGGGGACACAUUUUAGAGAAGGGUGAUGAGGACUAAGGACCCUCGAAGAGGCAGUGGGUAGGCAGUAAUAAUUAUUAAAUUAGUUAAUAAUUUAAACCGUGUUGGGUGGUCUGUAAAUAACCCAGAAAGUGCUACUCAGGACCUGCUGAAAGCAAGAUAACUCUUAAGUGGGUUGCAGAUACUAAGCAUGAAAUGACACAUGGGCAGCUCAUAGGGAACAGCUGCUUUAGGUCUGAAAAAAUUGAGAGAAAAAAAAACAAUUUAAUGCUUCAUUAAAUGAAAUGAUUUUUAUCUAUUGAAAGCUUUUCAAACUUAGUAUUUGCUGAAAGAAAAAAAAUCAAGAUAGAAUAGCUACAUCCCUUCUUGGGUGGGAUGGUUUUUGGAGAAAGGGGAGUUAAAGACAGUUGAAUUAUGUCAUUGAGUUUUAUGAUAUUAUCCUUUGACAAGAUCAGGAAUUUCAAAUAAAGUAAAAUAAUGGGACCAGCUAAGUGAAAAACUAACAUUUUUAGAUGGCUAUGUGACUUCUUAAACUCUUACAGUGAUUUACUGGGUCUUUAUCUGAAGUGUUUUCUAACAUUUACUAUCAUUCAUGUAUAAUUUCCUCAUCAGGUGCAAAAUGACUUGAUGUAAUAUUUUCAUAGGUUAGAAUUUGUUUUCAUCAAGUCAAAAUGGAUUUUACAUGUGCAUACAAGUGUCUUUAACAUUUUUGGGAGACACAUACUGGUAUUUACUAUUUCUAUAUGCCUUUUAAAAUCUGAAGACUAUGAAGUCAAUACAUUGAACUUUAUGCAGAAUUUAUAUGAAAUGCAGUGGUUAAAUUUCUAGCAAUGUCAUUAUUUGUACAUUUGUUCCACACUCCCAAGACUGUAAAUGUCAAUAAAAUCUACUAGACUUAACUAAAGCCCAGUUUUUGUUACGUUCACCUGAUCAGUUAACAUUACAUGACAAAGAUCUGUUUUAUUUCUUACUUAAUUUUUUGCUGCUGAGGAAAAACAUCACAAUGGGAUCCUAAAAUGUAUUUCCUAUUUCAUUUGCUCAACUGUAAUAGACAAGAGGUCAGUCAUCCAGAAUACUAUUUGAUCCCCGUUGAAGAGAAAUAUUGAAUGAUAUGUAGAAAUAGUGGUAUAUUUUAUCUUGAAGAUCAGAAUAAUUUUGCAUUCUUCAAAGAAUGAUGAUUUAUUUUUAAUGAUCAGAUAGUUUCAGUCAUUUUCUUCCCAAAAGGGGAAUUGAGGACAAAAAUUGGGGGUAUACUUCUUUUGUGUAUUUCAGGUUCAACUCUGUAAUUCUUUAAGUACAUCAAUUAUUCUGUCUUAAGAAUCAUGCCCUCAAAAAUCACAAUUUUCAAAUCAAGUUCAACAUCAAAAGUAUGUAAUUGUUUUUUAAUAGGGCCUAAAUGUCAGAAAAUGAGACUUGUGAUCCUGGGCAAAUUUUAUCCUCUUACACCUCAGUUCCUUGAAAAGGGAGAAGUAGGACUGACUUACCCUAGAUAACCUCUAUCAUUUGUUCCCAGUAUGAAUAUUCUAUAGUAUUAUGUCAAAGGCACUUUAUAUAUUGCCAGGAAAUGAGCUACAGCAAAAUGCAGGCUAAAGUUAUGUAAUUCAUGAUACCAAUUAUGUGACAUGGAUUGAAUGCUUGCUACUACUAAAAAGAAUUUUGCAGAUGUAUGAAAGCAGAUUUAUUUCAGUAUCAAAUAUUAUUUAUUCAGCAAAAUAUAUUUCUGGAAAUAAAAUGAAAAUGUUAAAAGUAAAAUAUUUUUGAGAAGAAAUUUUUCAAUAUUGGUAUAGCCCCAAAUAAUCUAAUACAUACCCUUAAACUAAAUGUAAUUUACUUUGGAUUUCUCGUGGAGGAAAAACAGUUUUCUAAAAAUCAUAAUACCUCAUAAUAAUUCUAAUGUAUUUCGAAAGCAGGAAAUCAUAUUUCUAUGAAGGUGAAAAUUAUUGAAUAACUCUUAGGAAUAAAAAAAUUCCUCUAAUUUGUUUGCCACUGUGGACAGCUUUAGAGGUAGGAGACAGCAAGAUAUCAGAGACUCAGCAAAUCUUACACUGGGUCGGAAAAGAGAUGCUUAUAUAGUUUGGGGUUUGGAAAAGUUACUUUCUGAUUUCUUGGAACCAGCUCAAACUCCUUCAUAGCCUCAACACACACACACACACACACACACACACACACACACACACUCCAAUUUCCAAAUCCAGUCAACUACUAGUUUAGAGACACAAGGUAUUUUAUCACAUUUUCAAGAUAUUUCAGAAGCAACCCCUUCAAGUUUCUUCUUCCAUCCAUCUACUUAAGAUGUUUAAGGUAUUUAAACAUGCACUUGAGGGAAGUAUCUAAAAUAAUGAUUUGCAAAUGUUGAGCCGGGAGGCUUAACUUUGUUUGACUAGAAAGAAUAAAAUGAGUGAUUGUGUAUAUGAAAUUUUCUUAACAUCUUACAUUAAGCAACCCACUCCUAAUACGGAGCAAGCUAGUUUAGUGCCCCAAAUCAAGUACCAUUCAGGAUAAAAUAGCCUUUUGAACAGAGGAGGGAGAGAAGGAAAACAAGGAAAGUGUCUGAGCCUAUUAGAGGCGAACAGAGCAGCUCAUUCCAAUCAACAGUUUUAGCAAAAUGUUAAUAUUAACAUAAUAGAUAUGAGGUUUGCUCCUGUCUAUCCUUCAAGAGUUAUCCUUCAAGAGCUUUCAGAAAGACAUAAAUUUAAGUAGCCAUUAGUUGCUUUUAUUUGCUGUUAAUCCAAAUAGUCAAUUCAACUUGAUUUUAAAUAGGCAUUUGAUUUUUGAAAUUUCCUCUAUUGAAUUUCUCUUGCUCGAUAUUCCUGUUUAUUAUGCACAUGGUUUGUUUGUUUGUUUGUUUGUUUUUUUCUAAACUGUCUCUUGAUUCUAAAGUGUGAAUUCCGCCAAGGUACCCAAGCUAGAGCAUAUUUAGAUAACUGUUUCAACACUUAAUUUCUAUUGCCAUUGUCAUGGUAAACAAAAUCCAGAUAUAGUUAUGUUCAGGCUCUCUUUCAAACUCUACUAACCAACUCCUUUGAAAAUGCUCUCAAUACAAUGGAUCUUAGUAUCUACUGAGCUGGCAAGUGUAGAGAAGAAAGAUUUUUUUUAAAUGUUUUUCCCUUUGUAACAUCAAAUUUCUCUUUGUUUGUUAAUAUCUCCCCUCUAUACCUACAGCAUCAUUUAUUUGGUGAAUUCACUGUUACUAUUCUAUUAUGACACUAAAGAAAAUAUUUUUGAAAAUCCACAGUACCAUUGUUCUAACAGAUCUACUGUAUUUCCAUUUUAGCACAUUAUCUUCCAGGCUUCCUCUACCUUAUAUAUUAUAAUCAUGUGUUUUUCUUUUCUCUUUUAAUUAUAUCCUAGUAUGUUUUCAUGUUUCUAUGCAGUAUUCUUAAUUAUCAUUUAACAAUUGUGUAAUAUGUUAUUUUAGUGAUGUACCAUAAUUAUCAUACCAUACCUUAUUAUUAGCCAGAUAUUGUGUUUUAUGAAUGGUUUCGUAUUUUUUUUCUAUUGUUUGGUAACAUGGUUACAUGUUUGUCAUUUGCCCACAGAGGUGGAAAUUUACAAUUGAAAAUCUGUCUCUUCAUAGAAGAGAGCGAGGGGGCAGAAAUUGAUCAAACAUUCAAUAUUGUUGGUUUUCUCUUUACUAAAGCAAAACGUAGGGUAAAAGACAAAAUAAUACUUCUUUGAAAAAGUCACCCAUUGGGACCAGAGACAGUAUUUUUAAGAGUAAGAUGAGACAUUUCCCCAGUAAAAUGCCACUAGUGUGUAUCUCAAAAUCAGAUUAUAGUGGUGUCAAUCUUCAAGAGUAUAAUGUUGAACAAACAAAAUGAAAAACAGUAGAUAAUAAUAAUUACUUUGUAAUCUUUCAAAAGCAUUUUCUUAAAAUAUCUCAGCAUAUAUUUUAUAAUAUAUUUAAUAUGUAUGUAUAUUGUUAUCUGUUAGUGACUUACAAAUGAACUGGAAUUUCAGGAAUUCAAUAGAUUCUACCCAUGAGUUUUGUAUGUUUCAGUUCCUCACUGGAAAAAUUAAACUGAAGAUAGAGAUGUGGAAAGAUGCUUGGCUCAACCAAAUAUCUCAAUAAAGGACUGAAUUCCAUUCAGACUUUUGUCCAGAUAAUAUAAAAUCAUGUGAACACCAUUAAGUCAGAGAUCACAUCCUUGAUUUAUCACUGCCUACCACAGGGUCCUCACUCCACAGACACCCAAAAGAA